GGCCAACCAUGAUUCAUUCACCCAAACCCAAAACUUAGAACCAAACCUUCAUCCUCGUCCUUCCACAAUAAAAAAUAUUCAGUUCCCAAUCUCCACGCCGACACCGACCCAACCCCACGCGACCCAAGUUUCAUCUCGUCGACGGCUUCGAAUUCUUCUCCAUCUCGUCGACGUCGAGCCCCGUCCAGCCUUCGAAAUCGAAGUCAUCUUCUCCAUCUCGUCAAGCCUGUGAGGUGGAGCCUUGGAAGCCUCUUCUCCAUCUCGUCGAGCAUCUCGGGCGGACAUCACGAGCACGAGCGUCUUCUCCAUCUCGUCAAGCCUGUGAGGUCGAGUCGUGAGCCCUCAGCUUCCGUCGCAGGUCGCAGAUUCAAGCCUCUCAUUUCAGACGCCAUUUUAACUCUGAAAUGAUUUGAUGCAUUGGAAGUUUAGGUUUCUUGUUCAUUUUUUCUUCUACCUUCUCUGAUUCCUCUGUGACAUCUGUGAGGAUCAACCUAGCACUUCUGAUCUUUUUCUCUAGGAAGAAAGGCUUCCUUCUUGAAUUAUUGGAAGGAAUGUGUAUCCAUGUUGUUGCUGCUACUAUUAUUGCUUAAGAUAGACAUGAUUUAGAUUGAUGGUCGAGGAAACAAAGUAAAAAAGGGGGAAAACCUUAUAUUGCUGGAGCAUAAACAACACCGUUCCGUCAUGCCACAAUAUGCUGUUGGCAACUGAUAAACAUUGGACCUCCUCCUUCCUCAAAAAUAUGACCCACAGCUCGUGGAUAAGAUCUAAAAAUUUCAUGGUGCCAGUGCCUCCUCUCCUCAGGUUGUAGAGGGGGGUUAGAAGAAGAAGAUGACGAGAAAAGGAGAGUCAGAGUAGUUGUGCUCUAGUAAAAAGUCUGCCCUUUUUCAUUUAGUUGUAGCUUUUCAUGGGGGAGCGUAGGAUAUUUCUUGACAUAUUCUUCUGGUGGCCCAUUUUUUAAUUCAAGUAAUUUUAUAUGUUAUCAGCAAGCUUCUCAAUAUCCCAUCAAUGAUCUUUAUUUAAUAAACGACAAUAUGGAAGACAACCAGAAAAAAAAAACAAAAAGAAGGAAGAAGGAAACCAGAACCACAAUUGCCUCUUUCCCUUUCUUCGUUCAUUUUGUACAGUGCACUGUGCAGACUUCUCAUUCAACUUCAUCUAUCGUUAUCACUGCCAGUUUGAUCUCUAGCUAUUGUUUAUUAUUUCUGUUUUCCCUUCAGUGUUUGUUAUGAUUCACCUUUCAUUGUGGUGCUCGUUUUGCUCACAAGAUGCUUGCUGUUUUACCUGAGUGAAAAAUAAUUCCUCAAACUAUAUUUUGUGUAUAUCAGAAUUAGUAGUUUAUGCACUCCUCCCAUAAUCUUCCAUUUGUGUUUUUAUAAAAUUUUCUAUACAUGAAUCAAUUACUACUUAUAAUUCCUUUUCAAAUUUCAAGUGUCUACCAUUUGCAAUUCAAGAGCAACUUGUGAACUUUUCUGUCUGUUCUGCUUGGCUUUCUUUUCUGCUGCUACAACUCCUGUAAUUAUCUUUCUUCAGUUAUUGAUCGAUCAAUCAUACUUCAUCCUUUUUCUUUUUUGCUUUUUUUUUGGCUCUGUGUACACAUUGGAGUGGUUCUACAGCGAUGAGUAUAAGAUGGCCAAGGCUUCUAACACCAACUCAUCUCUCUCAGAUCAUAAGAAAACAAAAGAAUCCCUUAGCAUCUCUGCAGAUUUUUAAGGAAGCAAACAAUAAAUACCCAAACUAUCAUCACAAUGGUCCAGUGUACGCUACCAUGAUUGGAAUCCUUGGCAGCUCAGGUCGAAUCACUGAGAUGAAAGAGGUUAUUGAUCAGAUGAAAGAAGAUUCCUGUGAGUGCAAGGAUUCAGUCUUUGCAACCACAAUCAAUACCUAUGCAAGAGCUGGCUUUCUAAAUGAAGCCAUCUCUCUUUUCAAGAACAUUCCGAAGUUCAAUUGUGUGAAUUGGACUGAAUCUUUUAAUACCCUUUUACAAAUAAUGGUGAAAGAAUCUAUGCUUGAAUCAGCUCAUAGUCUUUUCUUGGAGAGCUCAUAUGGGUGGGAAGUGAAGUCCCGGGUUCGCUCCUUGAACUUGCUUAUGGAUGUUCUUUGUCAACAUAACCGCUCUGACCUUGCAUUGCAUGUCUUCCAAGAGAUGAGUUAUCAGGGUUGCCACCCUGAUAGAGAUAGUUAUCAAAUUCUUAUGAGGGGUUUGUGUAAAGAUAGAAGGCUGAAUGAGGCUAUCCAUUUAUUAUAUUCAAUGUUUUGGAGGAUUUCUCUAAAAGGAAGUGCUGAGGAUAUUGUGGUAUAUAGAAUCCUUUUGGAUGCUUUAUGCGAUAAUGGGCAGGUUGAACAGGCUAUAGAAAUUCUCAGCAAGAUCUUAAGGAAGGGAUUGAAGGCUCCAAAACUAUGUCGCCACCACCUUGAUCUCCGUCAAUGCAAUGGUGGUGAUGAUAUAGAAGCCACUAAGCGUUUGAUUAAUGAAGUUUUAAUCAGAGGUACAGUUCCUAGUCUAGGUAGUUAUACUGCUAUGGCUGUUGACCUUUACCAUGAAGGUAAGAUUAGUCUAGCUGAUAAAGUGCUUGAAGAAACUCAGGAUAGAGGUUUUAGGCCAUCUCUCUUAACUUAUGAAGCAAAGGUGUCAGCUUUGUGUAGAGAAGGCAGAAUUCAUGAAGCAGUUAAAGUAAUUGAGGUGGAGAUGGUGGAGGGAAAUUGUGUUCCAAAUGUGAGAUUGUAUAAUAUAUUACUGAAAGGCUUGUGUGAUACGGGGAAUUCAGCAACAGCUGUUGGGUAUUUGAAGGAGAUGGCCAAGCGGGUGGGUUGUGUUGCCAAUGAGGAGACCUAUUGCACUUUAGUGCAUGGGCUGUGUCAAGAUGGUAGAUUUGUUGAAGGAAGUCGGCUUUUGGAGGAGAUGUUAAUUAAAUCAUAUCAACCUCCUAUUGAUGCUUAUAAUGUGCUUAUACGAGGUCUUUGCACCGUGGGCAGGCAAUAUGAAGCUACUCUAUGGCUAGAGGAGAUGAUUAGCCGGGGCGAGUCACCAGAACCUUCUGUAUGGAACUCCCUGGUGGCUUCUGUAUGUUGCGACUUGGCUGACCUUGAUGUUCGCUUUGAGACAUUUAAGCGGCUUUGUAGUUCAUAAUUUAUAUUUGAGCUUGAGCAGCACUUCAUAUAAAGCUUGCUAUGCUAAAUAUAUGGUUUUAUUCAACUAUACAAUUCUCCAGUGAAACCAAUUUAUGGCUUGUUUGUUGUUUCCUUAAUAUACUUUAAUUAUUGUAAAAUGAUAUUUUUUUAAUAUACUUUUCUCAUUAUAAAAAAAUAUUCAUAUAUUUGAAAAAUAUUUUUAAGUAAUUUAAUUUACUUUUCAUAAAAUGAUUUACUAAAAUAAGCAUCAGUUUAUGUAAAUUUGUAAAAUAAAUAUAAAUUCCUAUAUAUUUUUUAAUUUCAUAAAUAAUAUAAUAUAAUUUUAUUUAAAUUAAAUAAUCAUAAAAAAUUCCUUUUCAUAUUACAAAAACCGUUAAUGAGAUAUUGCAUGGGUUGGGAGCGGUUUGAGCUUAAUGAAACGAUGUCGUUUUUACCGAUAUUAAUAAGAUACUAGUGUUCGCCAAUUCUCCAUUCUCGUACGCUAGGGAUUCCUUGGUCAAAUUAGAUUUACGGUCAUUCAAUAGAUUAAACCACAGCAAUCAGAGGAGUAAGAUACAGAGAUGGGCAGGGAUGUUGGCAGACAAAUUAGAGCAGGUGGGAGCAGAAAAAAGGAUGAGUCAUUGUUGACUCGAAUGGUUAAUGCUGUUUUUGCCUUUGUAAAGCUGGCGGAAUUUGAGUUACUCUUCUUUUUCUUCUUCCUAAUUGCUUUCAUCAUCUUCAAAGAUCUCACGUCGAGGCCUGAGUACAACCAAAUUCUUGUGAAGAAGCCUGGUGGCCCUGAAUUCUGGGCUUUCUAGAAAGCAUUGGAAGAGGUUUCCGCCAACUCUAGUUUACUUUUGAUUUUUUUUU